UGGGAACGCGCAGGGAAGUGACGUUGAAAGAGAAGGUACCCAAAUCCAGGACGUCCAUGAUCUAAAACAAAAACAUUUUUUUUGUUUGUUUGUACUUGCUGUUUGUAAAUUGAAAUUCAAUCGAUUUAUUGCAGCAGUAUAUUCUUUGUGAGACUAACGUGGAGGAGGAAGACUGCUGACUGUCAGUAUAGCAGUAGAAGCUGUCAGUAGCUAGCUAGUUAUAUCAAUUGCUAUCUAGCUAGCCUACGGCUGCUAGCUAACUGCACACACGUGUGAAUCGGUGCCUCUCAUCUCAUAGCACUAGACUUGUGAAGAGGCACGUGUAUCACAUCCACCAGUCACCAUGGCAGAGGAUAUGUUGAUGUUGAACCUCUCAUCAGACUCAGCUCCAGCUUUACACUCGAAGAGUCAUCAGAGACCAACGUCUCAGGAGAAAUGGGCUUUGAAAAAAGCACAGAAACGAAAAUACUCAGAAAUACAGAAAGGGUUACCUAAUAAACAAGUGUUCAAUGGGCCUAAGACCAAGGACCAACUGCCCCCUGAGGACAAGGAAGAAGAGGAUGUACCAGCCCAUAAAAGCCCUGUCCACAAGCCAGCACCAAAGGCUGCCCAGAGAUCCCAAGCCCAGCCAAAAAUGCCUCCAAAAAGUAAACAUGUAGGGGAACACAAAGGAGGAGAGGACAGUGUGUUCAUAAAGACUUCUUCCCUCUUCAGAAAUAACCCAGAUAUCCCAGACGUCCACAGGCCUGCUGUGACCCAGCUGAAGGAGAAAGUCUUCACCAGCGACUCAUUUGGCGAGCUGGACCUUCACCCCCACCUGGUGGCGACGCUGACCAAGGUGCUGAAUGUGACCACUAUGACCAGUGUCCAGAAGGAGACCAUUCCUGUCCUCUUGUCUGGUCGAGACGCUGUAGUGCGCUCUCAAACAGGAUCGGGGAAAACUCUUGCCUACGGGAUACCGCUUGUUCAGUCUUUACAAGCAGUGGAACCCAAAAUUAAGAGAGGGGAUGGGCCUCUUGCUGUCAUCGUGGUCCCCACCAGAGAGCUGGCCCAGCAGAGCUUCCAGAUCUUCCAGAAGCUCCUCAAGCCUUUCACCUGGAUUGUGCCCGGAGUCCUGAUGGGGGGAGAGAAGAGGAAGGCAGAGAAAGCCAGGCUGCGUAAAGGGAUCAACAUUCUGAUCACCACGCCGGGCCGACUGGUGGACCACAUCAAGAACACUCUGAGCAUAGCGUUCAGCGCUGUCCGGUGGCUCAUCCUGGACGAGGCUGACAGGAUUCUGGACCUGGGCUUUGAGAAGGACCUGACUGUGAUCCUCAAUUCCUUGAAUGCCACUGGACCUCCCAGGCAGAACGUGCUCCUGUCUGCUACUCUCACAGACGGCUUGUCCCGGUUAGCUGGGAUCAGCAUGAAGGAGCCGGUCAGCAUCCAGGUGGGGGAGAACUCUGAGGGGAUCAACGAGCCGACCCCGGACCCCACCACAGCCCAGGGCAAAUCGGACUGCUUUGCCGUACCCGAGAGGCUGCAGCAGCACAUGGUGGUGGUGCCCAGCAAACUAAGGCUUGUCUGCCUAGCCGCCUUCAUCCUGUCCAAGUGCAAGUUUGAGAAGGGCCACAAGAUAAUUGUGUUUGUGUCGAGUUGCGAGGCAGUGGAGUUCCUGCUGAUCCUUUUCAACGCCGUGCUCUGCGGGCCGAAAGCCAAACAGCAGCCUCCGCUCAGCUUCCUCCGUCUCCACGGCAACAUGAAGCAGGAGGAAAGGACAGAAGUGUUCCAAGAGUUCUCUCUCUGCAAGACUGGAAUUCUGCUCUGUACGGAUGUCGCAGCACGUGGACUUGACCUGCCUCAGGUGACGUGGAUUGUACAGUACAACCCUCCAACCACUCCAGCAGAGUACGUGCACCGCGUUGGGCGAACUGCCCGUAUUGGAGCUAAGGGAAGCAGCCUUCUCUUCCUCACCCCUGCUGAAACAACCUAUGUCACUUCCCUGGCAAAUCACAAUAUCAGCCUGUCCGAGAUUAAGAUGGAGACGAUUCUGUCGACGCUGAUGCUGGACGACCGCUUCAAAGUCAGGGGAAAGUAUGAUGGCAAGAAGUCUUCUGGGGCUCUGGAGCAGGAGGUGCGGGAAAGAGCAACUGUCCUACAGACUGAGUUUGAGAACGUUGUCCACGACGACAACGACUCUAUCCAAGCAGCCAAGAGAGCCUUGCAGUCGUUCCUGCGGGCGUACACUGCCUACCCGUCCAACAUGAAGCACAUCUUCCAUAUCAAAGCCCUGCACCUGGGCCACGCCGCCAAGAGCUUCGGCCUGAGGGACGCCCCACAGGGCCUGGUCACCGCCCCUGCCAAGGGCUCCAACAAGGACAAGGGACAGGCCAAGGACAAGAGACCUCUCAAGAAGUUGAGCACUAAAGAGCGGGUGGCCAGUCUCAUGCGCUCCGAAUACGCUAGCGGGAUGGAUGGUGACUCCGCAGCCAAGAAGAAGAAGAAGAAGAGAACCCAAGCCGACGGAGAGGAGGACAGCGUGGAAUAGCAGUCAGGUGCUGAAAGGUUAUCCCCGCUCACCCAGGACAGCUCUCCUAACUCCUAAACCAAUCUCCAGUCCCUAGCAGCUUUAGUCUAGACAUGUUUGUGACGGCCCCUCGUAGAUCUAAAACGAUCACAUUAUAGUGGAAGUAAGGUAAUAACUCCACCUAGCUGUUUUUUUUAGAUUAGGUGGAGUGGCUCUCAUAUGAUAUUCAUUACGCCCAGUUUCUUCUGAUCUAAAAGGGUGCAUGGAGAACGGGGAAGGGGUUCUAGGGGUUGAUUUGUGAUUGUGCUGGUUGUGUAGCUUAAGGAUGGGUGAAUUCCAUCCUUAACCAUAACCUUUUAACCCUCUACCUUUGCACAAUCACUGUGUCUCUGUACAGAACUGAUCCCAGAGCAGUGCUUGACACAACACCCCCAAGUAUGGGGCCCCAGAAGUUGACAUAGUGGGUAUAGUGUUUUUCUUUAGCAGUUCAGAUCAGACUGACAUAGUCUCAGAUUGUGUGUAUUAUUUUAUAAUGAAUUGUAUGGUGAGCCACGCACCAUGGUCUAUCAUGUCGACACAAGUUAAGUGUGUCACUGUUUCAUUAAAAGAGUAUGGUUAUUCUCUUUUCAAUUUUGAAAAGGUAUGUUUGUUGAAUUUGUUUAAUAAAAUAACCCAAGAUCAUGGAAA